AUGUUUACAUUGAACCCCAAGCAACAGUCUGAACAUCCUAAAAAGUUUUGUCAUAAAACUAUUGAAAAACGUGAAGAUCAGUUAAUAAAAACAGAGGGAGUUGAUAUUUUUAAAAGUGAACCAAAAGAUGUAAAGCCGAAUUCAAAUGGAGGAAGUAAUGCAAUAAUCAUUCAAUCAGAGAAGUCUUCUUCAGUGCCAAUGAAAACAGAAACAAAGGACAUUUUCGACAGUGGCCUAAUAGAUGUAAAUCAAAACUGUUAUCUAGGCAUUAACAAUGACCCAGUGCUUGAUAAACAAAAUUUAAAUAUAAAAAGUGAAGCAACAACUCUUCCAUCAGAGAAAAAUUCUACUUUAGCCUUGCAAGACGUUGUUCAAGUAAUGGGACUUACAGAGAAAAAAAGUUCACAAUAUCCUGAAGGUCAAUUGAUGUUUGUCUUCAAGCUCGAUGAUGGAACAAUUCAGUAUUAUCACCGAGAUGAAGCAAAAAUUAUGUACCCACAACUUGUCAUUGAAUAUUACGAGAGACACAUGACUUGGGAAAACGAAUGAGUGAGUUUUAUAUCGUCAAUGAUUAGUCUUUUGAAAGCUUGUUCAUUGCGUGUCUUUGAUAUCAAUUUCGAGAAUCUUUCUUUUAUCAUUCAUUGCAAAUUUUAUUCUGUUUUAAAAUUUCCUUCAAAUCAAACAAUUCUCAGUAUUUUUUUAACUUCGUUAAUUCCUGAAAAGUAAAGAUAUAAUAACUUAAUCUGUGUACAAACAUAAUGAUGACAGUUACAAAUAAAAUGGCAAAAAUGUCAACGUGAGUAAAAUAUUAAAGAGAAUAAA